CCCCCCCCCCUCUCUUUGCGAAGCAAGCGGUGAGGUGUGAAUGAAGAACUCAAGAGUUGAGACGAGAGAACUACUGGACACUAUCGAAUCAUGUCGGAAUCCAACAGCAGCGCAGCUUGCAUGGCCGAUCAGAACGGAGCAGUUCCGGGAGAGCCAGUAAAGAAAGAUGAAAACUCCAGAAGGGGAAACUGGGGAAACCAGAUUGAGUUUGUCCUCACCAGUGUUGGCUACGCAGUGGGGCUGGGAAACGUCUGGAGGUUUCCUUACCUUUGCUACAGGAAUGGAGGAGGUGCCUUCAUGUUCCCAUACUUCAUCAUGCUGGUGUUUUGUGGCAUCCCUCUGUUCUUCCUGGAGCUCUCCUUUGGGCAGUUUACCUCCCUCGGGUGCCUGGGAGUCUGGAAGGUCAGCCCCAUGUUUAAAGGUGUGGGCUAUGGAAUGAUGGUGGUCUCUACCUACAUUGGGAUUUACUACAAUGUGGUGAUUUGCAUUGCAUUUUAUUACUUCUUCAUGUCCAUGACAAACCUGCUGCCCUGGACGUACUGUAACAACCCCUGGAACACUCCUGACUGCAUUGGAGUGGCGGGCACUCCACGAAUGAAUGCCACCCUCGCCAAUGUGUCUGCUGUUGUGUCAGGGUUGACUGAGAUAGUCAACCGCACCAAGAGGACCAGUCCUAGUGAAGAGUACUGGAAGAACUAUGUGCUGAAUAUCUCUGAUGGUAUUGGGAACUUCGGAGAGGUGCGUCUGCCUAUCCUGGGCUGUCUGGCUGUGUCAUGGGUAGUCGUGUUCCUCUGUCUUAUUCGAGGGGUCAAGUCAUCCGGAAAGGUGGUGUAUUUCACAGCAACCUUCCCUUAUGUGGUGCUGACCAUUCUUUUCAUCAGAGGAAUCACUCUGGAGGGAGCCACCAGUGGUAUCAAAUAUUAUUUGACCCCACAGUGGGAGAAAAUUCUAGAUGCCAAGGUAUGGGGGGACGCUGCCUCUCAGAUUUUCUAUUCGCUGGGCUGUGCCUGGGGUGGCCUUAUCACCAUGGCAUCAUAUAACAAGUUCCAUAAUAACUGUUUUAGAGACAGCAUCAUCAUCAGUGUAACAAACUGUGGUACCAGCGUGUAUGCUGGCUUUGUUAUUUUCUCCAUCCUGGGAUUCAUGGCUAAUCAUCUGGGGGUGGAUGUGUCAGAGGUGGCCGAUCAUGGACCAGGCCUGGCAUUUGUGGCCUAUCCAGAGGCCUUAACAUUGCUGCCCAUAUCACCGCUCUGGUCCCUGCUGUUUUUCUUUAUGCUCAUUUUAUUGGGCCUGGGCACUCAGUUCUGUCUGCUGGAGACUCUGGUGACGGCUGUAGUUGAUGAGAUUGGAACUGACUGGAUUAUCAAAAAUAAGACCUAUGUCACGCUUGGAGUCGCCAUAGUAGGAUUCCUCCUGGGAGUGCCGCUGACCACACAGGCAGGAAUAUACUGGUUGCUGCUUAUGGACAACUACGCUGCCAGUUUCUCUCUGGUCGUCAUCUCUUGCAUCAUGUGUAUCUGUAUAAUGUAUGUCUAUGGUCACAAGAACUAUUUUAAAGAUGUGGAAAUGAUGCUAGGCUUUCCUCCUCCGCUCUUCUUCAGGAUCUGCUGGAAAUAUGUGUCUCCUUUCAUCAUUACUUUCAUUCUGAUUUUUACCGUGAUACAGUACAAGCCUAUUACCUACAAUGACUAUGUCUACCCAGGUUGGUCGUUGGUCAUUGGGUUUGCCAUGGCUUUGUCUUCAGUCAUCUGUAUACCAGUCUAUGCUCUGUUCAAGAUUGCUGUGUCUGAAGGAUCCACAUUUUUAGAGCGUUUGAAGAACUCCGUGAAGCCCGACCCGGACUGGGGUCCAGCUCUCCAGGAGCACCGCAAGGGCCGAUACGCCACUCAGGGUCCCGAAUCUGUGGAGGUGUGCCCUCUCAAGACAGAGCUGAAGGACGAGGGCAAAGAGAAACUCAAGGAGAAAGAGACGGAGAAAAAGGAUGAGAUCGGUUUGACCAUCCCAGGAAGCAACGGCUCCGCAUUAAACCCCACACCCAGCGCAUAGAGGAGCCCUCCCCCCAGGACAGUUCCCAUUCCCACACUGCGGGACAGGCAACUCUCGCUGGAGACCUUUACAUAUUGUAAGGGCUUUAUGAAAUCUAACCUCUAGAGAAAUUGGUUGUCAUCCAAAACCAUUUUCUUUUUGUUCGCAUAAUUUAAUACUGCAGUUUUUUUCUUUUUUUUAAAGACAUGUUCAUAUACAGGAGGUGUUUGCAUACACGCAGUGUGUAUAUAGCGCAUUAUUGUACAAUAUUUUCACUCUGUGUUGAGUAGUCUGGAAAGGUGACUGUAGCGGCAGCAGGAGCUACAGUGUGAUUUGGCUUAUGUGUGUGCGUGUGUAUAGUGGUGGCAGUGCUGGUCAGGUUUAAUAGCAGAAGACCAAAUAUUCUUUGUGGCAAUGUUAUAAUGGCACUGUUAAUGGGAGUGUUAUUUUCAGUUUCUGUUUUAUACCCGUUUUCUUGUUUGGGAACCAUCUCAUGGCCAAUGCUAUUGUCUGCGUGCAGUGCGGCUGAUAGAAUACAUGUUAAAUGACCUUUUAACACUGUAUUAAUUAACUCCACCUAAAACUACACAACAGAACAUGCCUAUUAUCCAUUGACUAGACCACCAGUACAUUUUGGAGCUAACCCUUAAAUUAAUUGGCCAAGUAGACUAGCCGAUAUCAAUAAAUAAGCAUAGGCCAAGAGAAUAUCAACUUCAUUUCCAAUUAAGUGAGAGCACAAAUACAAAACAAAGGAUAUUUGGUCUUAAGCUCUUACCGACUGAGGUAUCUGGACCGAGGCAUAUAACUUCUCAAGCCCAUUCUCAGGGUUACACACAGUUUGUUUUUUUUGCAAAACAUUUUCCAACACCUUGAGAUGCUGAUGUUGAGAAUUUGACAUGAAGGAGAGGGGUUUUCAUGCAGGAACUUCCACAUGAAAUGCCGAAUCUGUCUAGUUCUCCGGUGAUCUGUAGCCGAGGCAUCUCCUGAGCGAGGGGAGCAUGUGUGCGAUAACAGAAGCAGCUAGUUCCUCAUUAGAUUCAGUACUGUAGUAUGCACACUAACUCCGCUCUACACGGAAAAAUAGGCAUGUUACCAAAAACAUGUGCACAAACCUGUGUGUUCUGAUUUAGUUGGUAUGUUUGUGUUUGUGUGUAUUUUUUCUUGUCCGUGUUAAGAGACUUGAACAGGUGUGUGUGUGUGUGUGUGUGUGUGUGUGUGUGUGUGAGUGUGUGUGUGUGUGUGUGUCUUCUAAAGGCAUCUGGCAGUGCUGAGUUAAACUGUCGUGUAAUAGAACACUGAAAUAAGGCAUAAGGUUGCAUGUGGAUUGACCAGAAGUAAACGUAGCAUUAGUCAAAAUCACUGUGGUUAAUGGAAUUGUUGGGGAAAUCAGCAUUUUUUUCCUCGUAUUGUAUAAUAAUGUCAAAUAGACUUGCAAGGCCAAACCAUUCAAUUUACGCAAUAGAAACAACCGAAUUUUAUGAUAAUAUGGUGCAUUUUGUUUCGUUUUGGUUUUGAAGGCAAUAGAGAGCAGACGAUACUUGUAUGGAGAGUUAUGUUUAUAUUUUUGGUAUGGUUAGAUGCCGCAUGUCAUUUCAUUCCAGUGACUUUUCAAUAAGGCCCCUUUACUUACGAUGCAUAUGGUUGCAGUGGCACAUAUACAUGGAUAAAGAGUCCAAGUUACACUGUGAAUUCGUCUGGAAUUUUGCCUGACGCCUUUUAACAGGGGGUCUGACAAUGCAGCUGCUAAUGUGCUGAAGCAUCAUGUAUUGAGACUUGUGAAUCAACAGUGAAUCGCUGUAUAUAGUCAAGUCCGAGUAGUUUAUCUGCUAUUUCUCUCCUGUGUGGGAGGAGAAAUGCAAUAUGAGAUGUGCUCUGUCAUUUUGAGUCAGAAAGAGGUGAAAAAAUGCGAAACAAUAAUAUUGCUUUGUUGAAUUCAUUUUGAUAAUAGAAAGUCUCAGCUUUCAAAUAAGCUUGAUUUUUACAUGUCUUAAAAUACAUAAAUAAAUCACCAGAUUCAAAAAAAAAAAAAAGCAUUCAAAUUGUUUGGAAUUUUGCAAUUGUGGCAGCACCAUUUAAUUAUAUUUCAACAAAGUUGAAUUUUUUUUUAUUGAAAGCUUUCUUAUAUUAUGUGUGAGACUUUCAUUGCAUAAAACUCUAGUCUUUAAACUCUGACUCAAAAUGAUGGAGCAGGUCAGAUAAAGUCAGUAUUCAAAAACAUGAUGACAUAAUAGUCUACAUCUUUGUUAUAUGUACAUUUUGCUACAUUUCUGCAUGAAGGUAUGAUAUGUAUGUUUUUAAAUUUGUGUCCUAAAAUAUACAAAACACAAUCUAACUUUAAGAAGUAGGGGGG